AAGUUCUCUUCAGCUUCUUCAGGUCAGGCUGUGUCCAAUUGUGGUUCUGAGUGAGGUCAAAGGACAUAUGGGUUCUUCGACUUCCUUCAGCUUCCUGUGCAGGGCUGAACCACUUUUGUUUGUUAAAAGUAUGUGUGCCUGAGAGCAGCAAUUAACCAAGUAACCAAAGUUCUCUUUAGAGAGUCAGAAAUCGUAAGCAGGCCUGCUUCUGCCCCACCCUCACCCCAUUCCUAGUCUCACCCCACCCCCACCCUCCUAGAUCAAACUGUCUCCUCCAGGGUUCAGAAUAAGAGCUGAGAAGUGAAGCUGGGAGACCAAAGAGCAGCUGCUCCCCACCUUCAGCAGAGGAGCGGUUCGGAGCUCAACCCAGCAGGCUUCUCUGGCUCCCACAACUUGUUUACCCUGUGCUUGGCUGGGUUUCAAGACGCCGGCGCCCCACCCUGCAGGAAGCCCUCCCAGGAAGGCUCGCCCCGCUACGCGGCUGGAUCGUCCCAGCUCCUCGUCGCCUCCCGCGUUCCCCUCCGCAGGACAGCGAACACGGCUGGCUGGCGACGCCUGCAGCUGCGGGCGGAAUAAUUAGAAUCCAUCAAAAUGUCAGGUAUGGUCCCUACAACCCGUGAGCAGCCCACAGAAGAAAUGGAAAAUCAAAUAAAAUCGCCAACCGCUGUGCCUGAUGCUCCCCCUGACUACAAUUCUCAUUUUGUACCAGGCCCUGCUGGACCAGCUGCCCCUCCACCUGCAGGCUUGCCUAUGGGGUACUACGUUCCUCAGCAGCCCGGGGCCAUCCCUUUGUACCUUCCCACUAGUGGCACCCAUCCAAUCCAGUACCAGCCUGGCAAAUACCCUGUGAUGAAUCAGCCUGCUCCCGUAAUGUGGAUGCCAGGGCCAGCUCCUGUGCCCAACUGCCCUCCUGGUUUGGAAUACUUAGCCCAGCUGGACAACAUACAUGUUCUUCAGCAUAUUGAGCCUCUGGAACUGAUGACACGUUUUGAAACUAAUAAUAGAUAUGAUAUAAAGAACAACAUAGACCAGAUGGUUUAUAUCGUAACUGAAGACACAGAUGACUUUACCAGGAAUGCCUAUCGGAACCUACGACCCUUUGUGCUCCGGGUAACUGACUGCCUGGGCCGAGAAAUCAUGACCAUGCAGAGACCUUUCCGAUGUACCUGCUGUUGCUUCUGCUGCCCCUGUGCGAGGCAAGAGCUGGAAGUGCAAUGUCCUCCUGGGGUCACCAUUGGCUUUGUUGCAGAACACUGGAAUUUAUGCAGAGCCUCUUACAGCAUCCAGAAUGAGAAGAAGGAGAGUAUGAUGAGAGUGCGUGGUCCGUGCGCAACCUACGGCUGUGGCUCCGAUUCUGUUUUUGAGAUCAACUCUCUAGAUGGCGUGUCCAACAUUGGCAGUAUUAUCAGGAAGUGGAAUGGCUUUUUAUCAACGAUGGUCAAUGCUGACCACUUCGAGAUUUGCUUCCCUUUGGCCCUGGAUGUGAAGAUGAAAGCAAUGAUCUUCAGCUCUUGCUUCCUCAUCGACUUCAUGUACUUUGAACACGCUCCUCCGCGACGUACAUCAAGAUAGAGGAUCAAACAAAUCAUCCAUUGAAAACAGAGUUAGAGAAUUUUGCAUUCGGAUUAUACAAAGCCUUCAGUUGCUGGGCAGUGGUGGCUCACGCCUUUAAUCUCAGCACUUGGGAGGCAGAGGCAGGUGGAUUUCUGAGUUCGAGGCCAGCCUGGUCUACAGAGUGAGUUCCAGGACAGCUAAGGCUACACAGAGAAACCCUGUCGCAAAACAACAACAACAACAAAAACAAAAAACAAAACAAAACAAAAAAACAAAGCCUUCAGUUAUUAGAAAGUAUACUUCUCUUGCUUGAUGUGUUUCAGUUGAAUAUUUAGCUUCUUGGGACACUAGGUUAUUCUGAAAUCUCUGCUUCAUUAACCAAAUAAACAUAUACAAACACAUAUACAAAUACAAGCAUUACAACUAUAGACAUGUGAGCUACGGGAAAAUGAAACCCUUUGUUCUCAACUUAACAGACUAUAACAUAUCUUCUGUAUCUGUCCCUACCUUCUUUACCAGGACAAACUUGAUUCCUAAAGAAAUAAUGUGCUUUAAUGUGCAAAGAAAGCAUCUCUUGUGUACAUGCAUCAGCUUUCAAGUUCUCAAUGGGGAGUUUUAUUUUAUUACAAAAUAAAAUGUAUUCUCUUUGUAGGCAGUUCAUAUUUUCUAUGCAUAUUUCUUCAUACCCUCAACUGGGAAAUGUGGAAGGUAGGAUGAGGGUACCAGGGAAAGUUGGUCAGGGACAUGGCCAAAUAAGGUCUUGGCAUCUUACAAACGUUGUGUGUUUGCUUACUCAGCAGAUUUAGUGUGGAUUCUCUUAUUUACACAAGCCUUAUAUUUGAAUGUUUCCUGCUGUCUAGAAUUACCUAUUGUAUUUUUGUAUCUCAUUUAAUUUUUUUUGAAAUCCAUCUAAUGACCAGGAUGUCCUUGUGACAGACAGUUUAUAAAAGCUACAUGUAUAAAUUUGGUCAUUGCUUUGAUCUGGUGGCUGCUUUACAUGCUGAACAACUCAUUAUAUACAAAGUGUAAGAAAAUCCAGUAAAUAUGUUGCUUCCAUAUUUUCUACAUAUUCAUAAUGAGGACUAUGGAAGACCAGCAGAGUACUUAUUUGUACUAAGGACAGUGUAUGUAUGAAUCCACUGAUUAAUGAGUUUCACACCUUUGCUUUCGACCUCCACAUAGAUUGUGUGUGUGUUUUCAAUGGACAUAUUCUUUUAGAGUUUAUUUAAAAAGGAUUAAGUGCUCUUGGGUUGAGUUAUCCUGAGAGAAGAGAUUUAGCCAACAGGUCUUUUGGAAAUGACAGACCAGUGCUUCAGCUUUAAUUAUACUAAUGUUUUUAUGAGAAAGAUUAUUUUCCUCAGUUAUUUACUUGCUGCUGUUGGGUUUUAUUAAAAAAUCGUGACUUCUCAACUAAAAACUAGUUACCUUAUAUCUUAAAAUGCACCUCCAGUUUUAACUAGACAUACAUGUUUUCUGUAUGAUAUCUUGUAUGUUGCAUAUAAACCAGAUAAAUGUCAUUCUGAGAGCUCAGGUAUAAACCUGUCCUUUUACCCCCAUACCCAUUAUAACCUUGGCAUCUCAUUGAUAAUGAAGGUCAGAAUACUCUAUAUCUCUGUGCUCGGUACUUCAGUGUUGAUGAUGCCAAUGCUUCUCUAAUAGCAAAAUUCUUUGACAUAAUUCAUGCAAUUUCUGUAACUCAGUAGAAUUUCAUUGUAUCAAGACAACCUACUUAACUAAAAAAUAAACAGAACUUGUUUUCUAAAAGUUGAA